GCAUUUAUUAUUUAGUUUGAUAUUUAAUUAUAAUUAAAUACUAAAUUAAUGUUAUUUAUAGAGAUGAGUUCAAAACUUAAAUUUCAAUAAUAGACGUAGUUGAUGAUCGUCCAAUAUCAAUAUUAAAUGAAAAAGAAAGUUAUUAUAUUGGUUCAAUAAAUGAACAAGAAUCAUUAACAACAUGGUCAAGGGAUAAAUGUAUUCCAUUAGUUCGAGAAAUAACAUUUUCAAAUGCUGAAGAAUUAACUGAUGAAGGUUUACCAUUUCUUAUUUUAUUUCACAAAGCUGAUGAUCAUGAAUCUGUUGUUUUAUUUGAACGUGAAGUUGCUAAACAACUUCUUAGUGAAAGAUCAAGUAUUAAUUGUUUACAUGCUGAUGGUGCUCAAUUUAUUCAUCCACUUCAACAUUUAGGAAAAUCUUUAAAUGAUUUACCAUUAUUAGCAAUUGAUAGUUUUAAACAUAUGUUUCUUUUUCCGGAUAUUAAUCUUAUCUCAGUUGAUGGAAAAUUAUUAGAAUUUGUUAAAGAUCUUCAUUCAGGUAAACUUCAUAGAGAUUUCCAUAAUCCACCACCAGCAACACAACAAACAACAACAACAAUAAUACCUUCAAUUAUCGUAAGUUUAUUUUAA